AUCGGCUUCUCCGCGCGCCAGCCUUCACCACCUUUGUCGCAAACUCGCCGCCGUCCUUUGUUCGCGGCCCUUGAUGUCCCGUACUCAUGCGCCUCUUUAGCAAGUUCCACGCCGUCUGCGCCUUGGCGAUAUGCAGCAUCCUGCUUUCUGCCUCGUUCCUCGCCUCUCAGCACUAUUAUCGCCGGGUCGUGGCCGAUGAGCCAUCGGCUAAGCUCCGCCCGGCAGCGUCAUUUGACCGCCGUCUAGUUGUCUUUGGGGAUUCUUGGAGCGACAAUAAUGCCGCUGAGAUCCAAGGGUCGGUUUGGACCGAAUGGCUGUGCUCCUCGUUUUCAUGUCACCAUGAGAAUUUGGCCGAGACCGCCAAGUCUUACAGUGGAAAUUACUUUGGCUCGGUCGUGGAUAACUCACAGCUAUCGGGCUCUUUACUCAACCUAUACAAGUCUCCCCUGGCCGACCUGAAGGCCCAGGUCAGCAAUUGGUUGGCAGCCGAGACAGAAGUAAUGCAGGCGAUGAGCGCAGAAGCGAUCGGCACCCGUCAAAACCGGACCAUUGUCAUCCUAUCCUUUGGCGUGUGGGACCUGUGGAAUGUUGUUGGCAAGACAUACAAAGAAGCGACCCAAUCGAUCGACAAUACGCUGGACGUGAUCAUGGAUCAGCUCAAUCUGCUGGCGGAGCUAUGGGGCCACAACGAUUUGAAACUUAUCCUGACUUUGGCCCCGGAUGUGACCUUCUUGCCUGCAUUCCGGGUCCAGGCCGAACAACACCAGGCGAAACAGAAAGACGCCAUUAGCAUGUCCGACUAUUGGAACCAACACCUGCGACAAAGAGCGGAUGGCUGGGGCAAUGGCACGAUCUAUCUGUUCGAUACGAAUGCUUUCCUUGCCGACCAGAUCCGCGACUGGCAGCUCUUCGUUGCUGGGAUCGAGGAGACCAAUGGAUUGGGCAAGAACGAAGACCCUGGCUGGGAAAACGUAGAAGACGCAUGCGUCCAGAGCAGCCAGCAAUGGAUGGUGACAUCAGAGACGAAGAAGUGUGACCGUCCGGAGAAGUUUUUGUUUUGGAACGAGAUGCAUUUGGGACCGUCCGCGCACCGACUUUUGGGCAUGGAGGUCUUUCACGGAAUCCAGGAGAUGUGGCUCCGGUAAGGUUCUUUACACGAACAAAAAGGAAAGAAACCCACCAGACACAAAUGAAAAAAAAAGACAGACAGAGAACAGAAAAAAAAGAGCAAGACACACAAAGAAAAUGUUUCAACUUUCCUUUGAUGGGAUCC